AUGACUUCUUCCCCUAAUUUGUAUAAUGAUGAUAACGAACUGGACGAAGAAUUCCAGAAACUAGCAUCACUCGUUCCAACGAUUCCGAAAAACGAAUGUUUAACCGAAUUAGAAUUUCUCGAAUUUGUUAUUGCGUAUAUUCAACAACUGCAGCAACUACUCUCUCAUGAUCAAUGGAACGAAUGUCUUGCUCAUUUGACAACCUCGAUGAAAAAUUCUUUUCUUUCAUCUUCAACGAAUGUGAAACUCUUCAUCAAAAAUGAUAAAUAUUCGCAUCGAAAUCCAUUAUCAACAAUUAAUCUUGAUACGAAUAUUCCUUAUCAUUAA